GCAGUCUGUCUUUAGCAAAUAAAACAUUUUUUAUAACGUUAGUUCUGAAAGAGGAAAAAGGCAGUUUUGGAGGUUCCGUGAACACUUACGUUUUUCUGUCAUAUCUCUUUUAGGUAACUUCCAUGUGGUUUAGCAAUUGAAUGCUGGCUCUAAUUGCGUCAAUCAACACAUUUAAAAACCACAGACUUUUUAAAACCAGCAAAUGCACUGAAGGAUAAGAGAUUAGCACACUGUCUGACAAUGAGGCAACACCUGCUGAGGCUAAUCAAGCACUUUAGACUCUGAUGCCUACAAGACUCUAAACAAUAAGAAGGAAGGUUCUGGAUAUCUUAUAACAGCAAAAACACCUACGUGUCCACAAGACAAUUAAUAUGUCCUUAAGCAAUGUCUCAAAUUGCAAUAUCUAUAAUCAAAUGGAACCAUUUUCCUAUUUUUACUAUUUGAUUUUCCUCACGGGAUUUAUUGGGAGUUGUUUUGCGCUAUGGGCAUUCACACAAAAGAAUCAAAACCAAAAGUGUAUCAGCAUAUACUUAAUUAACCUGCUAACAGCUGACUUCCUGAUGACUUUGGCAUUGCCAGUUAAAAUAGCUGUCGACAUAGGCAUUGCUUCUUGGAAACUGAAAAUAUUCCACUGCCAAUUUACAGCAUGUCUCAUCUACAUUAACAUGUAUUUGUCAAUUAUAUUUUUGGGAUUUGUAAGCAUGGACCGGUGUCUACAGUUAAUGCACAACUACAAAGUGUAUCGAAUCCAGGAACCUGGUUUUGCCAAGAUGUUAUCUGCUGUUGUAUGGAUAAUGGUGCUCCUUAUAAUGGUGCCCAACAUGGCAAUUCCAAUCAGAACAAUCAAGGAAAAGUCUACCAUUGGAUGCAUUGAUUUUAAAACAGAAUUUGGAAGAGACUGGCACGUGUUUACUAAUUUCAUAUGUACAGCAAUUUUCCUCAAUUUUUCAGCCAUGAUACUUAUUUCCAACUGCCUCAUUAUCAGACAACUUUAUCAAAACAAAUACAGUAAGAGUUAUGCAAGUGUGAAGAAAGCCCUGGUCAAUAUUUUAUUAAUAACUGCAGGCUACAUAAUAUGUUUUGUUCCUUACCAUAUUGUUCGGAUUCCCUACACUUUGAGCCAGAGUAACGCUAUAACUGACUGUCAUCUGAAACAAAUACUCUUUAAAGCAAAGGAAUCCACCCUGCUGCUCGCUGUGUCAAAUCUUUGCUUUGAUCCUAUUUUGUACUUUUAUCUUUGCAAGACGUUUAGAUUGAAAAUUACUGCAACUUUUACAGCACAAAGAGAAACAAAAGGUCUCACAGAAGGAGAAUCUGUGCAAAACUGCCAUAAUUCAAUCUAAACUAAUUGAUGGAUAUCACAUAUGCAACUAUUCUGCACUUGCUGAACAUGGGGAGAAUGAAAACCUGGAGCAUAUGGACUGCUUUAUUAGCUUAUAGUUUCAUAUACCUAAUGAAUAGUGCACAGUUCUAUUCUCUCUAAGGACUCAGUAUUACUUAAUAUUAGUUAAUAUACCAUUACUUAGUAUUAGUUAAUAUACCAUUGUGAUAAAGGUCUGCAUAAAAAUACCCACAUAGUAGGAGACAAAUGUUUGAUAAUGCAUUUUAUCUAGAGAGAGACAAAAAUGUCUAAUAAAGUUUUACAUAUGAAAAAUACCUAGACUUACCUUCUUUCAUAAAGCAACAUUAAUACUUUCUGUAUUAAGAUACCCAGUGCAAUCAAGGAAGUUGAUGCAUAACAGUGAAACAUAAGCU